AUGCGAAGAGGGGGAGCUAUUGCACUACGGCGUGCGACACAUGCUACAAGCCCUGCAGCUUCAACACCAUUCGCGUGCUCUUCUCGAGAGCUACACUCAACAGCCGAUGUUCCACAAACGGCCAAAGUCUCCCCGAGUUCACGAUGGCUGUCAGACAUCAAGAAUCGAAUUGGAUACUGUAUCACUUUUGGUCUGAAACCAGCACAGACUGUGGAAGCUGGAUCAAUAUUGGAUGAAAUAUCGCGCGAUUGGAGGGAGCUGCUCGCAGGUUCCGAGGGCUAUUUGACCGAUAAGAAAAGGCUGAGCAUGCUUCGACGUCCAGUCGCAUGGGGCGACAUGGACUCUAUGGGACAUGUGAACAAUACGAUUUACAACAGAUAUGCUGAGACAGGUCGUAUCGAAUGGGCGUCCAAGUACGCUCGCUAUAUCGAUCCAGCACAUGCAGAAGAGUGGCGGUCUCUAUGGCUGCCUGUAGGAGAAGGUCUCCUUCUGAGGAAGAUCACAACAGAGUACAAAUUCCCAAUGAAAUAUCCAGACCACAUUACUGUCUAUCACAGACUUGCAUCAAAACCUCUCGAGGGAACAGAUACAUUCGACAUGCACGCGAUCAUCAUAUCGGAGUUGCAUCAACGGACCGCGGCAAAAGUAGUGGAAGAUUGUGUGCUGUACGACUAUCGCACCGCCAAGAAGACGCCGCUUCAACCUUGGAUGCUCGAGGUGUUGCAGGAAACGUGGAGACUGCAAGAAGAAGCUAAACGUAUCAACAGCGAAAGAGUGGUUGGCAUUCUUGACAGGGUCAGAAAGUUGGAGGCGGAGUCGUGGGACCGUGCAGAUGCUGUUGAAGACAUGGGAGUUGCAAGCAAGUAA